AUGAAUGCUGUGGCUCCUUUGGAGAUUCGAAUCUUCUCCGAUCUUGUGAACAAGGCGAGAGUUAUUGAGGAAUGUGCAAAGACGGUAGCCUCGUCAAGGGACACUCAUGGAGGAAACACUAGUCGGGGAUGUGGCAAACGUUUUCAUCUAUAUUACUUUUGCAAGAUUGGUAUAAGUGGUUGCUUCAACUGUGGUUUGCUUGGUCACAUUGCGAGAGAUUGCACUCGUGGGAAGAACCCAAAUACGGGUCAGAGUCAACACCAAGGGCGAGUAUUUACUGUGAACGCCAAAGAUGCUGCUAAGGCGGAUCCGUUGAUGAGAGGUAUAUGUUUAAUUGGUGAUAAAACCUUAGUUGCGUUAUAUGAUACUGGAGCUUCACAUUCGUUUAUUUCAUUUGACAAAGUUGAGGAGCUAGGCUUGAAAGUGUUAGAAUUAGCAUUUGAAUUGCAUGUACCUACUCUGCGUCAGACGGUUAUGACUAGGUCAGGUUGUAGACAAGUAGGUUUUAAACUUGAGGGUAGAGACUUUGUGCAUGACUUGAUUUGUUUACCAAUGGUUGGGUUGGAGAUUAUUUUGGGAUUUGAUUGGUUGUCAAAGAAUCGGGUUUAUUGGAUUGUUUUGAGCGGUCAAUUUAGUUUAUGCCGGAAGGAGAAAAUAGAGCAGUAG